GUGUGUGUAUGUUAAAUGCUUUGCUCAGUGAAAAGAACAAAAAUUCGACAACAAAAACUCAGUUCGGGGAAAAAAAAACAAAUGAAUUUUAAGUUAUACACGAUUUUACAGUUUCAGUCUUUAUAAUAAGAAAAAUGGAAGACCCUGCUGAUGAAUCGGGCUUAACCAACGCAAUUUUAGAAAAAGAAAUAUACGACGAAAUCUUAGCUAACUUAGAUGGACUCGAUGAUAAUAACGCAGCUGAAAUGUAUCCAAUUAAAGAAGAAUUCCCCUCAUUUGAAAGAAAUUACACCUAUGAAGAAAUCAAAGAUCCGAGGCUCAGGUCUGUUAUCAACGAUCAUAAUUAUAUAUCUAGUGAGGACAGCUAUUCUCGAGAUGUCCGCCAAAAUCUUAUUGACUUUGUUCAAUUGACUAAUUCGAACAUUGCUUCAAAAUAUACCUCCACAACUGAAUCACAAGUGGAAACUCUGAUUGAUAGUGUCUUGACUUUUUUGAGUAAAGUCACUGAUUAUGAUUCGUCUAUUGAUAAAAUUAAGGCUGUCUUCAGUUCGGAAGAGAAAAAGUAUUCCAAAACGGAAUUACAAGAAGAAAGCUCGAAAAAAGAUGAAGCUUUGGUUGACGAAUCAAUUGUAGAUGAUGUUGGUGAAGAAUCUGUCUCAGAUCCAGCUGAGAAUGACUUUCCACAAGAACUUGACCCAAACAUAAAGUUAGAGUUAAGUGCAUUCAUUAAAAUGGAAGGUGAUGAUGCUGGUGAGAUUGACUUUCCUUUAAUUCAAGGGGUGUCUCAAAGUGAACAGGAACAGAAGGAUGCAGAUGAUGAGAUGUCUGAAUUAAAUAAGCAAAUCGAAAUGAUUUUGGGAAAGGAUGAAGAAGAAGAUAGUAACAUUGUUCAAAAUAAGUUAGAAUUAGAGCCAGAAAAGAAAGUUUCUACAGACCAAGCUAAUAAUACUCUUAUCAUAAGUAAAGUUGAGUAUACCUAUGACCCAAAUUCAGAUAAAAAGAAAGAUGAACAAAAACCAACUGAAGAAGUGGACGAUUCCACAAGUAACAUAACUAAGACAUCACAACCAGAAAAGGCUGAACCAGACAUAACAAAUAUUGCUAAAGAACAAGAAAGCGAUGAACCAAUGCAGACAGAAGGCUCUGAUUCUUCGGGACCAAAAGAACUUCAAGAAAUACCAGACGGUAGUUGUUCUGAUGCACUAAUUGAUAUAGUUAAAGAAAGUGAACAAAUCCCAGAACUUUUUGAAAAGGAAAUAUCAAAAGAGAACGAUUGUUCUGAAUCUAUCACCGAACAAACGAAAACCAUACCCGUCGUCAAAGAAUUGCUGAGGUUUGCCGAGCAAUUAAAAGUUGAUUGCUUCAAUUUUUCAGAAGAAAACGAUAGUAAAAUUGAAGAAUUUCUUUCGUUAAAAUUGAAGGAACACAGAAACACGAUUCAAUCUGUUUUGUUCAAAGAUUCUUCAAUGCAAACGGAAAAUAUAAUUUCCAAGAAAAAACUUCGCAAAUUGAAUGCUUCAGAUAAACGGCAUUUAUUGGAAUCUUCUAAUGACUCUGAUUCAUCAAAUUCUUCAUACAUGGACAAAACCCUGAAUGAGCUUGAAGCCGAAUAUAAGAAAUCAAAGAAAAAAUAUUUUUCUGGCAGUCAAAGAUCGAGCAAAGAAUCUUUGGUUUCUAAAAAACCUAUAAAGGAUUCAAAAUACUUUCGUUCAGAUUCAGACGAUUCUCAUGCGGAAAUAUCACCAUUCAAUGGAAGUUUGGCUAGUCUUUCGAGACAUGAGAGUGAUGAUUUGGAACAAAUUACAGAUGCUGAGGAAACCAGAAAAGACAAAACAAAAACAUCCACUUCUUUAAGUCAAGAAGAAUGUUCAUUGUCAUCAUCGUGUUCGUCAACGGACAAAUCAAAUUCAAAAACUGUAAAUAAGAGCCUAGAAAAGAAUACAAACGAGAGCGAUAAAGAGAAUAGAGAUUCUGUAACAUCUUCAGAAUCGUGUGAGUCAAAGAAGUCGAAGCAAGAUGACAGCAUUGAGGAUGAUCCACAAGAAAAGGAAAUCGAACGAUUACUGAAUUUAAAAGGCUUGGUUGAGCCGCAGAAAAACGUACCUUCAAUAAAUAACUCAAAGCAAAAAACAUCAAACAAGUUGUCAUCCAAAACUGAUAGUUUUUUUGAUGUAAUGCAGGAAAUAGAUAGAAAUUCAGUGAGCGACGAUAGCAUUGGUGAAGACAGUGAACAGAUUUUAACGGAAAAACAAUUUUUAGUGAAAUGCAAUGAAAACCUAAAAAAACAAUUGCUCGAUAGUGCGAGCAGUGACUCUGAAAAUUCUACAAAUAACGGAGAUAUUGAACUAAUUAAUACAAUUAAUGACAAUUCAAGUGAUGAAGAAAAUCAACGUGUAUCAUAUGUUGAUAAAUUUCUUGAAAAUUUGGUUGACGAUGAAGGCAAAAGUUCUAUUCAUGAGGACGAUGUGUCUAAAAAAGAGGAAUCACCAUCCAGAAUGGACACAACAAAGUCAAGUAACGAUUCGAUGAAUAAAACAGAAUCGCCAGCAGAUGAAGCUAUUGAGAACUCUGUUACUACAUUUCGUGAUGCAUUUGAUAAGAAAAAAACUGAAAAGAAAGAGAAAUGCUUUGAGAGUAUCCUUGCUAAAGAUACUCGACAGAGGGCGUUGAAAAUGCAAGAAGACCUUAUUGAGUUAAGUGCAGAGAGUAGUAAUUCUGAUAUUGAAGAAAUUUCCACUGAAACCAAAGAAAAAAAUCUUCGUAUAAAACCAAUGCUGCGUCAUGAUCAAUUAGAAAGCGAGACUUUGAAUGCACAAAAAAAGGAAGCCGAUCGUUUGCGUCGAUUGGAAAAAAGAAAUAAUUUUUUAACAAAAAUGUUAAAGAAUCAGAGUGAAAACAUCGAUGAAAAGGAUCUAGUUCUGGAUUACGCGAGUUCAACUAAGAAAUUCAUCAAGGUCAAUUCGGAUAUAGUUAAACACUUGAAACCCCAUCAAAGAGAUGGUGUAAAAUUUAUGUAUGAUUCUUGUUAUGGUUGUGUGGAUGCCCUUAAAGAUGGUUCUGGCUCCGGUUGCAUUUUAGCUCAUUGUAUGGGCCUUGGAAAAACACUUCAAGUCAUAGCACUGUUGCAUACGGUAACAUCUUAUAAGGAACUGAAGACCUCAAAGAUUCUAGUUCUAUGCCCAAAAAGCACUAUCAUGAAUUGGGCGGAUGAAAUCAAACGAUGGCUUGGCCCCUUAGAAGUGAAAAACCUGCAAAUAUUCAAUUUUAGCGAUACUGCAGACAUUUAUGACAAAAUUAAUGUCCUUCGAAAAUGGGCUUCUGUGUCUCAAAAAUCUGGUUGUUUAAUUAUGGGGUAUGAAGCAUUCCGUUCUCUUGUAUUUUAUAAUACAAGUAAGACCAAGGCGAGGCCAAAUAUGAGAGUGGAAGAUAUACGAGAUAAUAUACAUAAAUACCUUCUUAAGCCAGGCGCUGAUUUGGUGGUAUGCGAUGAGGGCCAUAUAAUCAAAAACCGAAAGUCAGGUAUAAGUUUAGCAGCAGCAGAAAUUAUAACACCAAAAAGGAUCAUUUUAACUGGAACACCUAUUCAAAACAAUCUAAAAGAAUACUACGCUAUGGUAAAUUUUAUUAAACCUUUGAUUUUGGGUACAGAGAAGGAAUUUGCCAAUUUGUAUGCAAAUCCGAUUAAAAACGGUCAGCAUAAAGAUUCAAGCAAACGAGACAUUAAAGUUAUGAAGCAACGGUCAUUUGUACUUCAUAAAAAACUAUCAAAAUUUGUUCAAAGAAAAGAAGCUGAGCUUCUUCAAUCAUUUUUACCACAAAAAUUUGAAUACGUGCUCUUUAUUCCUAUGACUGAUGUGCAAAAUACCCUGUACGAAUAUGUUUUAGACGCUAUAUCAAAACGAGAAGACUCCAGAGGAAAAAGUUUAAUUCCGGAUUACACUUGUUUACGAAAGAUUUGGACUCACCCGAAAGUUUUGGAAGACGCUUGGAAAAACGCAAUGGUGACGAAAAACAAAAAGGAAUUCAAAAGACUUACAUCAAAUCACAUUGGCCACUCUGAUGACGAUCAACCUGAUGAUAUAUACGACAGCCAGACAGGUGUUAUAUCUGUCCAGCGUGAUUGGUGGCGCGAACUUGUAACAGAAUCAGAUCUCGAGUUAAUUCUUCCUAGUAACAAGCUUAAAACCAUGUUCGAAAUUAUUCGAAUGGCUGAAGAAAACGGCGAAAAAUGCUUAAUUUUUACAGCAUUUGUAGCCGUUCUUAAUGUAGUCGAAUAUUUUUUUCAUAAAAUUAAUGACAAGCAAAGAGAUUUUUUUAUGUAUGAUGCUCAUAAACCUACUGGCCAUUGGAUAAAUGGCCAGGACUAUUAUAGACUCGAUGGAAAAACAAAUAAAACUCUGAGACACGAAAUGGUCAAACGUUUUAAUGAUCCUAAAAACAAAAGAACGAGGGUUUUCUUAAUAUCAGCUAAGGCAGGAGGUCAAGGUAUUAAUUUAAUAGGUGCAAACCGAGUUAUUAUUCUCGAUACCUCAUGGAAUCCAGCUAACGAUCAACAAAAUAUAUUCCGAAUAUUUCGUUUGGGGCAAAAGAAGAACUGUUAUGUUUAUCGACUAAUCGCUAUGGGAACGAUGGAGGAGAAGGUCUAUUCCCGAUCUGUAACUAAACAAGCCAUGAGUUUCCGUGUUGUAGAUGAACAACAAAUCGACAGGCACUAUAAUAUGGCUGAGCUUGCUGAGCUUUACACGUUGACAAAACCUGAUUACAAGGAGAGACCUGUCCCUGUUUUCCCCCAGGAUCAAAUCUUAGCUAAUCUAUUGUUGAAUUCGCCUGACUUAGUUUAUAAAUACCAUGAACAUGAUAGUUUGCUGGAAAAUAAAAUGGAACAAGAACUAAGUGAGCAAGAAAAAGCCGAUGCAUGGGUUGCCUAUGAAAGAGAUCUUCAAAUGAAUUCAGAACCACGCGAUGCCAUGGAAGGCUUCCAGGGAUAUCCAUUAUUUGGUCAAGGAAAUUACAUGUAUCCCCCCAUUCCCGACUUUGAUCCUAAAAAUUUUCUUGCCGGUAACUAUGAUCCCAGUCAAAUGGAUAUGGCAAGCCGAAAUCCAUUGGCAUCUGCAAUGUUACCAAAUUAUAUUACCAAUGCCAAUAUGAGUAGAAACUCAUAUCUUGACAUCCUUAACAUGUACAAAAACCUUUCAUCAUCAUUGUUAGGUGAUAAAAGCGGUCGAACUUCACAUUUCAACUCACCAUAUGGCAUGCCCCUAGGUGCGGGUAUGAUGAAUAACAGUGCAAUUUUACCAACAAAUGAAAGUCACCUAUCGGCAUUAGCAAAUCCGUUUUAUCCAUACUCAAGCAGUUCUCUAAAUCCAAAUGCAUUGCUUUCAAAUCCUAAUUUAACGAGUUCAAAUCCAAUGAAUGCUGACAGAUAUGAACAAAGUAAGAAUCUUAUGACAAGUGAUCAUAACUUUUCUUCUUCAAUGCGCAACAGUUUCCCCGCUCAAAUGCCUGCUCCAUACACGAAAGACCUUACAGGCAGGUCAACACAAUCGAAAAAUCUUCUUCAAAGUCCGAGUACUGGCCCUCCAUCAUCAUCACCCAUUAUGCGUUCGUCUACCCGCCAAGUUCCACAGAAUAUAUACAAUACGAACCCUACAAGAGAAACCAUCCCAACCAAUAUAAUUCCUAAGAAGUUAGUAAAAAGUGGCACAACAAAACCUUCUCAAGGCAAUAUUCCACCGAGCGCGGACGUACCAGCAAAACAUAAGCCUGCAGACACAUUACUUAGACCCAUAAGUCCAAGGCAAACAAUUGUUAUAGAUGAUUCACCCGCUAAGCAAUCGAAUUUACCACCGUUACCUGUAAACAUGGGAAUAGUUUAUCCUAAACCAAUUCCACUAUCAUUAUCGCCCAUAUCAGAACUAGUUGAAGGGAGUGGAUGUGUAAAGAAACCGGGAAGCAGUAUGCAAAUAAUUCGAACCGAUUCGCCAGUAGCAGACAGCGUCAGAAAAAAGUUUGAUAAUAUCUCACCGAAUAUAUCUUUAACAGCGGUUAGAACGCUUAACCCUAAAACUUCGCAGUGCGAAAAAUCACCGUCACUAUCAACUUACAUAGAAACAACAUCACCCCCAAUGACGUCUACUACGGUAACGCCAAGCAAUGUUAGAAAACGAAGAAGUUCCUUUGGAAGUUCUUCAUCCGCAAUUAAUAUAAAUGAACAACCAAAAAAAGUUUCGAAGUACAACUGAAUUUCAUAUUUUAAUAUUAAUAAGAAAUCUUUUUUCGAAAUAACAUUUAAAAAAUACGAGUACUGUGUAUUGUUAUAGUUGCAUGAAUCAUUUUAAACUCUCUUUAAGAACGUGAAAUUAUUGUAGGUUAAUAUAAGGUAGAAUUUCAACGUGUAAACUAUAUAUAUGUAUAUUGUAUGUGUAUUUUAACUAAUUUGCAUUCAGUAAAUUACUGUUUUUUUUUUAAAUAAUGUAAUUGGAUAAGUGUAGUUAAUUGCAUUAAUAUAGAAAUAAGGUUGUAUUUUUUGUAUAGCUUGAUCUCCUUUUUUCAACAAAAGAAAUUGUAUUCUUUUCUUUUUUUAUUAAAAUCUGAAGAAUGUAUUAGAAAUCUAAGGAGAGUUUACAAUACACUAGAAGUUCAAUAUAUGUAAGUAUUAAGAGGGGUUUCUUCUCUAGGAGGUUAAUUCAUUCAAAAUGUGCAUCGUUAUAGAAUCGACUGUGGUCUUAAAUUUUACUGAAUAAAACAAAACAUUUUUAAAACAGAUACAAAUCACAAUUCAGACAAAUUUCAAACAAAAGGGGAACAUUUGAUUUCCUUAAAAUCCAGGGAGAUAAUUCGCUACCAAGAUAUUUUCGGAAAAAAAACACAUUUAAAAUUU